CGCCGGGCUUUCUCCGCUGCAACUCUUGGUGAUGUCUUCAAUGUCUGUUGCAUUUUUGUCAUUCUGCCACUUGAACUUGCAACAGGCUUUAUUGAAGAAGUGAGCUGGCUCAUUGUCGAUCCACUAAUUGCAGAACAAGGCAUAUCUCUAAAAACUGUCGACCUGUUAACGGACCCGUUAAAUCGAAUUAUAUUAGAGGUAAAUGAAGCCGAAUUGAGAAAUGCUACCAUUGAUGACGACUGCUUUCCUCCUGAUCACUCUUUCGUAUAUCGAUGUGUGUUCCCUAAUGGAUCACGAAUUUACCGAUGUCCCUACAGACACAUUUUCGCCUACUCUUCGCUACCAGAUGCUAUAAUUGGAUGGAUCGUUUUGUUGACUUCCAUAACAGUGCUACUUUGUUGUCUUACUCUUCUGAAUGGUCCAAGCGCCAAAUUUAUUCGUGGUCUCUUAGGCAAAGAGUGCCCAGGAGUAUGGAAACCUUGCACUGGAUACAGUGUUAUGCUCAUUGGAUUGCUAAUAACUAUGGGGAUUCAAUCGAACAACGUUUUUUCGUCAUCUCUGACGCCAUUGGUUGGUUCAGGAGUAAUCACACUUGAGCAGAUGUACCCGCUCAUUCUGGGAGCAAAUAUUGGCGGGUCAUUCAGUGCAGUCCUAGCUGCUCUAACCGCAGACGGUUCACGUUUUGAAAAGACCUUACAUAUGGCGCUUUGCCAGGUAAUAUACAAUAUUAUUGGUACGUUUAUGUUUUACUUGAUUCCGUGGACAAGAAGACUACCAAUUUUUCUGGCAGAACAACUAGGAGAAACUACGGAUCAGUAUCGCUGGUUUAUUGUGGUGUUCAUAUUUCUGUUCUUCAUUCUCAUUCCUGCCAUUGUUAUCGGACUAACACUGUUGCCGGACUACGUCAUCGUCGUUUGCUUUUCUAUGGUAUUUGUCUUAAAACAUUAUUCUGGUGCACUUCCGCCUUUCCUUCGUACUUGGGAAUGGCUGCCACUACACCUUCGUUCUCUGAAGCCGUAUGACCAGUUAAUGACCAAAAUUUUCACUUCACUUCCAUUUGUCGGUAAUUUCUUCAAGAGAGGCACUGCAAAGACCUACACAAACUCCAGCGACUCUGUCAAUAUCAUGAUAAAGCUUAGUGGACGUAAUCAAAUUUAA